AUGCGUUUUCUUGCUGCUCUUUCACUCCUUCCUUCCAUCGCCUAUGCGGCAACAUGGCAUACGGUCGAGUGGGAUGCACCCAAAUUCACUGCGCUCUCUGGAGAUUUUGUGAUCCCUAAACUUCCCUCCGCCGGUGGAACCCCUUAUGUUUGGCCGGCACUUCAAAGCUCCAAUGGUGUACUUCAGGCAGUUUGUGAUGGCAGAAAGGGGGCUUGGUGGAUCGGCGACGGAUUUUAUGGUACUCCGAGUUUGCCAUGGGGCGCGGGAUUCAGUGUAAAACCUGGGGACGUGGUCCAUUUUACGUUCACAUCUUCUGGUUCAAACGGAGAAACUUGGACUGCAACAUUAUCCGGACCAGGAUCCGCUACAAGCACCUUUCAAAUUUCUGGAAGCACAAUGAAUCGGGCCAUUUUGGCAGUCGAGUUAACAAAUGUGCCAUUUAACUUUGGGCCCGUGGUAUUCAAGAACCUUGCAAUCACUGCGACAACCGCGGCCAGCGGGUGGUGUGGCAAAACAGUAUCACUUGGGUAUUCCGCCGGCGAGUACACCGUUACAGGAGCGACCGCCAGUGGGAACACCUGUCGAGUGGCCCAAGUGACCAUGCCGAGCAAGGCCUAA